CUCUCUCUCUCUCUCUCUCUCUCCACCUUCAAUCUCCCUCUCGCCGUUUCGCUUCGCUUCUUAACACCUCCGCCUGAAUUAGCUCUCCUCUCUCGUUCUCAAUUCCGAAAACAUGGCUCUACCUAACCAGCAAACCGUAGAUUAUCCAAGCUUCAAGCUCGUCAUUGUUGGUGAUGGAGGCACAGGGAAGACUACUUUUGUGAAGAGACAUCUUACUGGGGAGUUUGAGAAGAAGUAUGAACCUACUAUUGGUGUGGAGGUUCAUCCAUUAGAUUUCUUCACAAACUGUGGCAAGAUCCGUUUUUACUGCUGGGACACUGCUGGACAAGAGAAAUUUGGUGGCCUCAGGGAUGGAUACUACAUUCAUGGUCAAUGUGCCAUAAUAAUGUUUGACGUCACAGCAAGGCUCACAUACAAGAACGUUCCGACAUGGCACCGUGAUCUCUGCAGGGUGUGUGAAAACAUCCCGAUUGUUCUGUGUGGGAACAAAGUUGAUGUGAAGAACAGGCAAGUGAAGGCAAAGCAGGUGACAUUCCACAGGAAGAAGAAUCUGCAGUACUAUGAGAUAUCGGCAAAGAGCAACUACAACUUUGAGAAGCCCUUCUUGUACCUUGCUAGAAAACUGGCUGGGGACCAAAACCUUCACUUUGUGGAGACACCAGCUCUUGCUCCACCAGAGGUUCACAUUGACAUUGCUGAUCAGCAGAAGAACGAAGCCGAGCUCUUACAGGCGGCAGCCCAGCCACUCCCUGAUGACGAUGAUGAUGUCUUUGAGUAAAUCUUCUAAAUGUCUGCUGUGGGAAGCUCUAGCUUGUUCCUUUUGGUGUUUUCUCUAUGUUUGUUUUGGUGUUACAUAUAAAUCAAUCGAGUCUUUCUUAUAACAAAAAUUAGGGAAAUAUUUUUGGAUGGUUCUGUUGGUAUCCAAUGAAAAUAUUAAGAAUCAA